AAGCAACAAGCCAGCAAUAGUCCAAACGCCAAGUCCAUCCAUUGAAGUUCUACUACAUCCCCAAUUGCUAAAUGCUCUGAGCCUUGCUAUUCUUCUCUUUUCACUCUUCUUUCACCUCUUAACCGUUAUCAUGGCGGUUAGAGCAGUGAACACCUGCUUCCUCUUCCGUUCAUCUUCUCCUCCUCUCCGCUUCUCCUCCUCCUCCUCCUCCUGCCGCCGCACUCUCCGCUGCUGCUGCUGCUCCUCAUCCCCAGCAUUCGUCCCUCGGCCGCCCUCCUCCAAUUAUGGCGCCUGCCUUCUCCAACGCCGCUCCGUCUACACUCUCUUCGACAGCGUCAUGGAAGAGCUCCGUGCCAUGCGGAAACGCCGCAACAAUAGAAUCUCCGCUGCUUCCAACAUGGGUUUGUUGAAUGAAGAACUUGUUGAAGAUAGACUUGUGAGCCGUUCAUUGCAGAAGGGGUUGCUUUUGGAAUUCAAGAAGGAUUCUGAUAGGAUGUUGUUAGCAGUUGCUCAGAGACGUGAUGGCAAGAAGAAUUGGAUGGUUUCUGAUCAGAAUGGUGCCACUUCUUCCAUCAAGCCACAACAGGUGACAUAUAUUGUCCCUGGGAUUGACAAUUUCGACCAAGCAGAUAUUGCAGAUUUUAUUAAGAAAGUUCAGGAUAACAUGGAUCCAUCACUACUUGAAUUUGCUUGGGUUGAGCUCCUUGAAAAGAAUAAAUCUGUGACAGUUGAAGAGUUAGCUAAGAUAAUUUUUGGUAGUGCUGAACCUCUUGAGAGCUAUUCUACUCAUCUUUUGCUGUCAAGGGAUGAAAUAUACUUUACUGUGCUGGAGACAAAAGGUUCUCGUUCAAUAUAUGGACCCCGCCCAAGUGAACAGGUUGAGGACCUUAUCCGAAGCAAGCUUGCAAAGGAGGCUGCUGAGAAAGAACUUCAGGAGUUUUUAAAAUUGCUGGUCUCGGCAAAAUCAAUGGCUUCACAAGAUAAACCUCCUAAAUCUUCAUGGAUGGAUGACGAGAAAAUCAGGAGAAGAAUCGAAUAUCUUGAAGCAUAUGCUGUUGAUUCAUAUCAAAAUGAUGAACAAAGGAAAACAGCUGGGAUGAUACUAAAGGAAAUGGGUCUGGCAAAAACAGCAUCUUCUGCUGCGAAUCUCUUGGUAGAUAUUGGGUAUUUUCCUGUACAUGUCAAUCUUGAGUUGUUGAAGUCCGGAACUCCCACUGAGCAUUCAGAAGAAAUCAUAUCAGUUGGUCAAGCUCUUCUAUCGGACUCAUCUGAUCCUGACGAGAAUAUCAGGAAGGAUUUCACUGAUUUAAAGGUGUACGCCAUUGAUGUUGAUGAGGCUGAUGAGCUUGAUGAUGCUUUGAGUGCAACCAAGUUGCAAGAUGGUCGGAUCAAAGUUUGGAUACAUGUUGCAGACGCAACUAGAUAUGUUCAACCUGGAAGCAUUGUGGACAGGGAGGCUAUGAGAAGAGGAACAUCUGUUUUCUUACCGACUGCCACAUAUCCUAUGUUUCCAGAAAAGCUUGCCAUGGAAGGUAUGAGCCUGAGACAAGGAGACCUUUGUAAUGCUGUUACUGUAUCAGUUGUGCUGCAUAAUGAUGGCAGUAUCGCAGAAUGUUCAGUGGUUAACUCGGUGAUUAAACCAACAUACAUGCUGACAUACGAGAGUGCAUCUGAGCUACUCCAUUUGAACCUUCAGGAAGAGAGUGAACUGAGAAUUUUGUCCGAGGCUGCAAAUCUUCGGUUAAAUUGGCGUCGCCAACAGGGUGCAGUUGAGACAGCAACAUUAGAAGCUCGCAUUAAAGUGUCUAAUCCAGAUGAUCCAGAGCCAUCAAUAAAACUUUAUGUGGAAAACCAAGCAGACCCUGCAAUGCGAUUAGUGUCUGAGAUGAUGAUACUCUGUGGCGAAGCUAUUGCCACAUUUGGAUCUCAGAAUGAAAUUCCUUUACCCUAUAGGGGACAGCCCCAAUCAGAUAUAAAUGUUUCUGAAUUUGCUCACCUUCCAGAAGGGCCUGUCAGAAGCUUUGCCCUGGUCAAAGUAAUGCGUGCUGCAGAAAUUGAUUUCAGGAAGCCAGCACGACAUGGGAUUUUGGGAAUUCCUGGUUAUGUUCAAUUUACAUCUCCCAUCCGUAGAUAUUUAGAUCUUCUUGCUCAUUAUCAGGUAAAAGCAUUUCUUAGAGGUGAACCUCCACCUUUUACAUCUGGUAAGCUUGAAGGGAUUGCUGCAGUUGUAAAUGAGAGAUUCAAAACAGUGAGGAAGCUCAGCAACAACAGUCUUCGAUACUGGAUGUUGGAAUAUUUACGAAGAGAACCAAGAGAGAGAAGAUACCGUGCCUUGGUCCUUAGAUUUUUGAAAGAUCGAAUUGCAGCUCUAUUGUUGGUUGAGGUUGGACUUCAAGCUUCUACGUGGGUUUCUGUUGGAACUCAGGUAGGGGAUGAAAUAUUAGUUAAGGUGGAAGAAUCACAUCCUCGCGAUGACAUUAUCUGUCUGAAGGAGGUUAUAAAACAGUGACCGCAGUGUUAAAGAUAACUCUGUUGAAGAUUCAAAGAGGUAAUAUAUAUCUUGCAAAUCAACACAUGGACCAUACUAUUUGAAUUGGAUGGUCGUCUAAACCCUCAUUCAGCUUGUUUGGUAUGAUGCCGCGUCGAUUGUCUACUUCAUGGAAGAAGAAUCAUGCUGAAGGGGCAAGGAUCCAACCUUGUGAACUCUUUCAAGCUGUUCCAAGUUUUGAGGUGGAGAGAAAUUCAGAUUAUGACUGGCAUUUAGGCUUCAUGGUGAUGCUAGUGAACACUGUACAGUCCUUCAGAUAUGUUUGGCAUGAUUUAUUUUUUCUUUUUCCAAUAAUAAUAUAUAUCACCGGAGGAAGUUAAUUCAAUAUUAUGUGCCGGCCGUUUACAGCUUCAUCAUUAUAUAACUGUCGGUUUGAAUUUUCAGAGAAAUCACUGUAAUUUAUGGAUUUUUCACAUGAUUUGGCCGUGUUUCAUAUCACCAUCAAUAUAAAGAGACAGAUCUCACCAUCAUGUUUGACCUAGUCAUGUGAAAAAUUCACGAGAUAAUCAAUUUCCGUAAUUCAUCAUAAAGGGACAAAAUUGCAUCAA